AUGGUGACUGUUAGAUCUAUUAUGGCUCUUGCAGCAUCUAAAGGUUCGUAUAUAUAUCAGAUGGAUGUUCAUAAUGCCUUCCUCAAUGGUGAUCUUCUUGAGGAAGGCUAUAUGGUUAUUCCUAGCGGGUUUGCCAAACAGGGGGAGACUCACAAGCACACUGAAAAUGACAUUGUUGUGGUAUUGGUUUAUGUAGAUGAUCUGCUUAUAACUGGGAGCAAUCAACAACUCUUAUGUAACACUAGACUGGAUAUUAAGAAAAAGUUCAAAAUGAAAGAUUUGGGAGAGUUAAAGUUCUUUUUGGGAAUUGAGUUCUCCAGGUCCAACAAAGGCAUACUCAUGUCACAAAGAAAGUAUGCAUUAGAAUUGAUAUCUGAGUCUGGCUUAGGGGGAGCAAAACCAACCUGUACACCUUUAGAGAUGAAUCAAAAGCUCAUAUCAGUUCAAUAUGAUGAGCAUAUUAAUGAAGGGAUAGCUGAAGGAGACAACAUACUAACAAACACUACAAAAUAUCAAAGACUCUCACAUAUGAAUGCAACUCUUAGAGUAGUUAGAUACAUCAAAGAAGCACCUGGAUUAGGUUUGUUAAUGCCUGCAGGAGACACUUCUAAACUUACAGCUUACUGUGAUUCUGACUGGGGAGCAUGUAUGGAAACUAGGAAAUCAGUUACAGGAUACUUGGUUAAAUUUGGAAAAGGACUUAUUUCUUGGAAAUCAAAGAAACAUGAGACAGUUUCAAGGAGCUCAGCUAAAGUUGAGUUCAGGAGCAUGUCAGCAUGUACAAUUGAAAUAACUUGGUUGAUAUGA